AUGGGAGCAUGGGGGGGCAUGGGCGGAGCAGGAGCAGGGGCUCUGGCAUUGACCAUUGGCAUUAGCACCAGCUUGGUGAUUGCUGGAAUGUCAGUUGUUGGUUGGGGGUGGUUUGGUUAUUCGCCCUCUGUUAAGAUCAUGGGUUCUGCGAUCUGGGCCCUUGAAGUCUGUCUAGCGCACUGA